AAGAACGUCGACAACUUAAACUAAGACACGCCACCAUUUUACCCCUGGACAUCUACCUCAACUCCGUUGAACUUCGAGUUUGAACGACCAACUCUUCAAAAAAACCAGACAAAACAACUGCAAACAAACCCCCCCCCCCCCCAAAAAAAAAAAAAACAACACAGAGUCAAAUUGGUUCAGAUCCCAAAGAUGGGUGUAACACCAAAAAUCGCUCCGUCCAUGCUUUCAUCGGAUUUUGCUAACUUGGCAUCAGAGGCAAAGCGCAUGCUUGACUUUGGAGCUGAUUGGCUUCACAUGGAUAUCAUGGAUGGGCACUUUGUCCCGAACUUAACCAUUGGUGCUCCGGUCAUUGAGAGUUUAAGAAAGCACACAAAGGCAUAUCUUGAUUGCCACCUUAUGGUCACUAAUCCUAUUGAUUAUGUUGAACCUUUGGGUAAAGUUGGUGCUUCUGGUUUCACUUUUCAUGUUGAAGCAUCCAAAGAAAACUGGCAAGAACUUAUCCAAAAAAUUAAGUCAAAAGGCAUGAAACCUGGUGUGGCAUUAAAGCCUGGAACACCAAUUGAGGAGGUUUAUCCUCUGGUUGACUGUGAAAAUCCAGUGGAAAUGGUUCUUGUGAUGACUGUAGAACCUGGAUUCGGUGGACAAAAAUUCAUGCCAGAAAUGAUGGAUAAGGUGCGUGCUCUAAGGAAGAAGUACGCAUCACUUGAUAUAGAGGUGGAUGGUGGUUUAGGGCCUUCAACUAUUGAUAUGGCUGCUUCAGCAGGAGCAAAUUGCAUCGUUGCAGGUAGUUCAGUGUUUGGAGCUCCUGAGCCAGCUGCAGUUAUAUCCCAUAUGCGAAAGAGUGUUUUGGAAAAUGAGGAGAAAUGUUAACAUUGUUACAG